GGCCAUUUUGAAGCAUGUGGGGACAACAGACUGGGAUAGGGAGAGAUUGAAUAUGUGUCCAGCUGCAUUCUAAACCUUUGGGGUCUUCUUUUCAGUGUGAGAGGCUCAACUCGUCCUCCUACUUUGUACUUACCACUCUUCAGCAUUAUACACAUACUCAAUCAUUUGGUGAUGCAUCCAGCUCUUCCUUCAUGUCAAUUGACUUUUUGGCUACAACCAUAGUCCACUUAGUGUUGUCCUCCACCUCUACCUCUGAGUUGUGAAAUCCUGAGCUGAAACUCUCAGAGGAAAAACUCUAGACCCUAUCAUGAGUUAAGAAUAUGAUUCAAACGUCAUUUUUUUCUCCCUUUGUGUCCAGGAAAUGGCCACUGUCACCGCUCCUGCCAAGAAGGGGUCAAAGUCCAGAGGUUAUCGACACAAGGAGGUGAUUCAGCAUCAGAGGGAGGCUCUGUCAGAGAUGAGGGGCAGGAUCGGAGCCUUGGAGCAAACAUGGCCCCUGAAGCGCUUCACCCAGCAGGGGGCACCUAAGAAACAAGCAGGGAGUGAGGCGGGGAAACUCAGCACACCGAGGUCUGCAGUGAGUGGCUGGCCGCUCUCUGUAGCAUUGGGGGAGGAGACCCUGGAGCGCACAGCCAGACUGGACCUAUCAGACGCCCUGGACCUCAGCGAGAGGACAUACCUGGAUCUGGCACGGGCGCAGUGCAAGGCUCUGGAGUUGAGCGAGGGCCAGCUGCAUGGGUGUGUGUCCCUGCAGCACCUGCCCCAGGAGGAGAGGGCCAGUCUGGCUUCUUUGCGUCACGCAGACCUGGAGCUGCUCCGGAGCUGCAUGGCCCUACAGCACAGCCAGGCCCAGCGAAGUGAAACCCUACUGCAGCAGCAGCAUAGAGAAAUGACUACUCUCAGGGAGAGCCAGGCGGCGGGUCAGCAACUCCAGUCCAGGCUGGAUAUGCUGAGGACCGAGCUGGAGACGGAGAGCCAAGAGAGCUCCCUGCUCCGUGAGGCCUUGCGCCACACCCAGAGUCGUCUGGAACAUGAGAUAGACGUAAACACCAGGGCCGUAAAGAGCCGUAAGGCAGUGAGUGUGGAGAAAGUCCAGAGGAGGAGUGGGAAGACAGCCUCUCACAGCUGUGUCCGUACUGAGGCCGGCGACAAGGCGACAGCGAAGACAUCAAGCCUGCUGGAGAGGCUGAAGAAGAGGGAGUACGAGGUGGAGACCCUGAAGAGGCAGCUGGGGAAGAAGGAGUUUGGCAAGAUGGACUCCAAGCUAGAGCUGACCAUUGUACAGCAGCAGCCUCAACAGGCCCCACCGCUGACAGAGUCCUCCUAAUGUACUGUAAUCCUGACCCGCUACACUGGAGUGACUGGACACCAGGGGCAAGGAGACUGGCUCAAGGGUCCUUUUGACUUGAACAGCAGAGGACACUCAUUACUACGAGACUAGUGAACACUGCUAGUGUGCGUCACACCAUAGAAUUAGAAAUACAGCACAGCAGGUCUACUAGAACUCACCUUCUUAUUCAAGUCAGCGUCAGUCUAUUUCAUUGCAUCACGUGUACUGUACCGCUGCUUCUGGCCAUGAGGAAGUUUCUGCUGGUGGCUGUAUAUUACCACACAUCAGAGCCAUAUGUUCUAUAUACUGUAUAGCUCUACACCACAUCGUAAUGAGUGAAUGCCUCUAUAGAGAUGAUGGAAUAGUCAAUGCAUGAGCAUGUGGGUGCUAAUGAUGUGUGUUUCAAAGGCAGCUCUUCUCAGCUUCCCUCUGAGCUUUGAAUGUAAAAAGUCUGUCGGGCUAUAUCUGCCACAGCUAUAUUCUUUUAGCCGGAACACUUCACCGCUCUUGUUCAUCCAUUCACCACAGAAAAUGAGGCAGUCUUUAUGCACGACAAUACAAAUGCUUUCUUCUGCAGACUUUUCUGCCGAUUCAGUAUAAUAUUUUGGUUGACACGUCAUUGCGAUAUCUCAGCAGUAAAGAAAAUGGCCAAGGCGUCCAAUUUGAGCGGCUAUUUCUGGAGUGUGUGUGUGCUACACUAACGACAGGAAUAUGCCCAUGAACCGCAGAUACAAAGAAAAAAGGAGUGUGUAAUUCCUCCUAUCUGCAGUAGACCUCCUCCCCCACUCCCGCCCUCCUCUCUAUGCCUCGAGGUUAUUGUGGUCCGUUAUCGCAAUGGGCAGAGAGAAAAGCUGAUUCAUUUAUUCAUCAUCAGAGCCUUUUCUUGCUCACAGCAGCACACACCGUCACAAACACAGUCACGUGAGCAUAGGAUGAGAGAGAGUGGUUUGUGUGUAUAGGUGCGUAUGUGUAUGUGGGAAGGUGUGAAAGGGUCAAGCGUGAGCGAGCAUGCGCAUCAAUGUGUUGUUUUGAGUGCGUGUUUGUGACGUGUGGCAGUGUUCAUGACGUGUGUGAGUGAGUAGACGUACGUGUGAGUCUGUCUCUGUUUGUGCAUGUGAUUGUGGAUGUGUGCAUGUGCAAAAUCUAUUAUUCAGGAUAUUAAUCCUCCAUUGUUCUACAUAAAGCAGAUGCCACAGAUAAUAGAGCCAGUACAUGGUUUGGUUUCUCUCUCUAUUUGUUUGACUCAAUUCCCAUAAGGCGGAGUUCCCAAACUGGCAGCCGACCAAGUGAUUUUAUUUGGCCACCCAAGUUUUCUGAGAAAUAAAAAUAAAAAAGGUUUAUAAUUUUUACAUUUUUUUAUUGUUGGACAUUAAAAGACUGUAAAAACACCAGCAAAUCAGCUCGAAGUGAUUUUAAUUUUGGAAAUCUGUUCCAAAGUAAUCUCACGCAUAAUGGAGAGAUAUGUGAUCGUAUACAAAUAUAGGUUUGAAAUUAUUAUGCUUUUGUGAAACAUGAUAUCUGUUUGGGCUUCUUGCGAUCAAUUUGCAGUCUAUUUCUAAUUAUGUUCCGGUCCCCUGACCGUCUGCUCAAGGAAAAAUUGUCCCGCGGCUGAAUCUAGUUGAUGAUCCCUGUCAUAAGAGAUAAUGAGGGCUACUCCUAAAAAAGCUUCUUGUCUUCCUCACUCACUGACCCAGAUUUGGUAUUUUAGUGCAUACAAGCAGAUGGUACAAUUGUUUGAUGGUACAAUGUUUCUUUGUUGCCUCUAGGCAAAAGGCUGCAUCAGUCCGUCAUCAUUGCUCCUCUCUGAUGUUUGCUAUGGUCUACCUACCUCUAUGGCCAUGUGCAUCAGUAUAACUUCACCCCAAUGCAUUACUACUUGUUUCGGUGUCUUUCAGACAUGUUUGUCACUCUAUGCACUUUUGUUUUUAUUGUCUGGACCAUCACAGAAAAACCACUGAUUCAUCUCCAGAAGCCAUUAUAGUUUGUCUGCUUUCAUUAAUCAGGAUCAAUUAUGUCUGUUUUUAACAUGAGUAUGUCACUCACUGGCAUUGGUAUGCCUUUGAUUUCAGCUGGCAGUCCACAGCGCUGUGUUGAGUUGUUGCUAAAUAUAUGUGUUGACCUCAGCAAUUACUGCUCCUCCUCAGUCAGCCCCUUCUGAGUGGACACAACCAGCUAAUUGGCACUGUGCAGAUUCCAGUGUGUUCCUUAAAGGCACCAUCUGGGAUAUUUCCUGCUGUUCAAUGGUAACGUCAAUCCAUGAUCUUGUUCUUGAGGAAUGUAACUUAAACAUUUUAUGGCCUGUUAGUCCUUACUUUCGUAGCUGCGCCUAUGAAGUUUAAGUCACAAUGCUGCUGUUUGGGCUGAAACUAAACACCAGAUUUUGGCUUUAAUCUUUUUAUAAUCAGCAGAGUGGCCCUGGUUCACACCAUUGCCUUCGCAAACAGCUAGCUCAGCCACAGUCUCAGUGGCUUCCAAUAGCAUUGCUGAGUCAAGCUUGACCUCUCCUCACUGCUCAUUUACUUAAAGACUAUUCUGUUUUGUUUUAUUAUAAUGUAGGCUAUCUGUGUUGAGAUUCAUUCACACAGAGUUUGUUAAAGCAUUGAGGUUCAGUUGAACUACAUCAGACAGUAUAAAUAAGUAUAACGUAUACAUAUGACAGUAUACCUGUCUGGGGCGAUGGCUAGAAAUAUUACUGUGUUUGUGAUUGGUCAAAAGACAUCCUAAAUGCUUUACUGUAUAUGCAUCACAAUACAAAAACACUUGGGAACCA